GUUCGAUUCCUGCGUCUGUCGGUUUUCAUUUCAGAUUAAACGUUCGAGCUGUACCGUUCAAAGGCUGCCCGAAACGACGUUGGAGAUAGAAGUUAAACCAGGAUGGAAAGCUGGCACGAAGAUAACGUUCAGUGGGGAAGGAGAUGAGCUUGGGUGUAGUGGGAGAUGCCAGGAUGUGGCUUUCAUCAUACGGGAGAAAGAGCAUCCACUGUUUGAACGAUGCGGUUCUGAUUUAACGUACAAGAAGAAAGUGACGCUGAAGGAAGCUCUCACUGGUUUCGAGAUCGACGUUCCUACAUUAGCAGGUUCUACUAGAAGGUUGAAGGUGGAGCAUAUGAUCAAGCCUGGAAGUCGCGAGAUUGUGUCAAAUGCGGGGAUGCCGAUUUCGAAGGAGCCCGGAAAAUUCGGAAAUUUAAUCGUUUGUUUUGAGGUCGAAUUUCCGGAAAAUCUCAAUAGGGCGCAAAUGGAGGCUCUGAAGUAUAUCUUGUGA